AUGGUAAUGGAGAAAAGUAUAUUUAGAAAGAUUUUUAGUAUGAUUUUGGUGAAAGAGGAGAAAAGUAUGAAGCCUAUUCUACUCAAAUGUGGUUUGGCUUUUGCUCUUACCUUUGCGGGUUUUAUCUAUUCGAGUUUUAGAACUAGACGGAUCAAGUCUUCCCCUAAAGACCACCACCCUUCAGGUCAUGGGAGUGACGUUAGUUGCCGAGGUAUUAGAGCAUCGUCGAGUUCUUGCAAUAUUCAUUCAGAAGGAAGCAAUUUCGACGCGGACGAAAAAGGCAUCAACAAGGUUGUAUGUAGAAGUUCUUCAACCGGCGUCUCUCCAAGAACUAAACAUAAUGGAGAGAAAGGCGAGUUUCUCGUCCCCGAACUCCCUGAUUCUUCUGCGGCGGGAUAUUCAAGUCAUGAGAAAGAUGCUUAUGAGCAAGAAAUCAGAAAACUGAGGAACAAGAUCAUAAUGCUUCAAGAGAGGGAAAGAACUCUCGAGGUUCAACUUCUUGAUUACUGUGGUCUAAGGGAGCAAGAAACAGCUGUAAUGGAGCUUCAAAACCGAUUGAAAAUAAGCAACAUGGAGUCGAAAAUGUUUAAUCUAAAAGUCGAGACGUUACAGUCCGAGAAUAAGAGAUUAGAGUUACAGGUUGCAGGUCAUGCGAAAUUGCUUGCUGAACUCGAGGCUUCAAAAACAAAAGUGAAAUUUUUGAAGAAGAAAAUUAGGCAUGAAGCUGAACAGAAUAAGGAGCAUAUCGUAGAGCUUAAACAAAAAGUUACAAAGUUGCAGGAGCUUGAAUCCAAAGCUGUUGCUAAUGAUCAAGAAAUUCAAAUGAAGCUGGAAAAGCUAAAUGGUCUUGAGGUUGAAGCAGAAAAGUGGAGGAAAUCUAGUUUGAGAUUACAAAAGGAAAAUUCUGACUUAGCUAGAAGAUUGGAGUCUACUCAGAUCCUUGCGAAUGCCGUUCUUGAAGAUCCAGAAGCAGAUGCUCUAAGGGAAGAAAGUGACCGUCUGAGGCGAGAGAGCGAAGAAUUGACGAAAGAAAUGGUGCAACUAAAAGCUGAUAGAUGCACAGAUGUUGAAGAAUUAGUUUAUUUAAGGUGGCUAAAUGCUUGCUUAAGACAUGAAUUAAGAAACUAUCAACCUCCACCUGGUAAAACAGUUGCAAGGGACUUAAGUAAGAGCUUAAGUCCAGCUUCUGAGAAGAAAGCUAAACAGCUUAUACUUGAAUAUGCAAAUGCUGAAGGAAGAAUUAGCAUUUCUGAUUUGGAUUCUGAUCAAUGGUCCUCUUCACAAGCUUCUUACGGUGAGUGUGAAGAGUUUUCUUCUCACGAUAAUUUAUCCAAUCCACGAGUCAGCAACGCCACAAACAAGUCAAAGAUCUUCGGAAAACUUAUGAAGCUAAUGAGAGGAAAGGAUAGCAGCAGUAAUCUCAGUAGUAGACGUACGUCUUUAGAAAAAUCUAGAUCAAUAGGAUGUAAUCUUGAUAUUGGAGCUGAUGGUCUUAGGAGUGAGUGCGAAUCUCUUAUCGGCACGUCUCAAAGUUCUAUGGAUUUAGAACGAACGUUGAGUUUGAAGGAAGAGACUAGGAGAAAUUCAUCUGCUGAAAGAUCAAAGAGUUUAUGUCCGAGGAAAAGCGGUUCAGGAGAUUUGAAAAUGAUCGGUGACUCUUUCUCAGAAUCUUAUAGCACAGUGAAAUCUAAUUUGAUCAAAUAUGCUGAAGCUUUAAAAGAUUCUAGUACUAGUGAAACUCCGAAACGCGAAAUACGUAGAAGAUCAGCAUCAUAUAGUUCAUUUUAA